AUGACACGCAGGCUAAGAAGAUGGCAGAACACGGAGGACCAUGACACCCAGGCUAAGGAGAAGAGGCAGGACACGGAGGACCAUGACACGCAGGCUAAGGAGAAGAGGCAGGACACGGAGGACCAUGACACGCAGGCUAAGAAGAGGCAGAACACGGAGGACCAUGACACCCAGGCUAAGGAGAAGAGGCAGGACACGGAGGACCAUGACACGCAGGCUAAGGAGAAGAGGCAGGACACGGAGGACCAUGACACGCAGGCUAAGAAGAGGCAGAACACGGAGGACCAUGACACCCAGGCUAAGGAGAAGAGGCAGGACACGGAGGACCAUGACACGCAGGCUAAGGAGAAGAGGCAGGACACGGAGGACCAUGACACGCAGGCUAAGAAGAGGCAGAACACGGAGGACCAUGACACCCAGGCUAAGGAGAAGAGGCAGGAGACGGAGGAGCAUGACACGCAGGCUAAGAAGAGGCAGAACACGGAGGACCAUGACACGCAGGCUAAGGAGAAGAGGCAGAACACGGAGGACCAUGACACGCAGGCUAAGGAGAAGAGGCAGAACACGGAGGACCAUGACACGCAGGCUAAGGAGAAGAGGCAGGACACGGAGGACCAUGACACGCAGGCUAAGAAGAGGCAGAACACGGAGGACCAUGACACCCAGGCUAAGGAGAAGAGGCAGAACACGGAGGAGCAUGACACGCAGGCUAAGGAGAAGAGGCAGAACACGGAGGACCAUGACACCCAGGCUAAGGAGAAGAGGCAGAACACGGAGGAGCAUGACACGCAGGCUAAGAAGAGGCAGAACACGGAGGACCAUGACACCCAGGCUAAGGAGAAGAGGCAGGACACGGAGGACCAGGACACCGCUAAGGAGAAGAGGCAGGACACGGAGGACCAUGACACGCAGGCUAAGGAGAAGAGGCAGGACACGGAGGACCAGGACACGCAGGCUAAGAAGAGGCAGAACACGGAGGACCAUGACACCCAGGCUAAGGAGAAGAGGCAGGACACGGAGGACCAGGACACGCAGGCUAAGAAGAGGCAGAACACGGAGGAGCAUGACACGCAGGCUCUGUGA